AACCAUUUUACGAGUCAAAUAACCAAUGGCCGCGCUUCCGCGGUGUCGGGCUCCCGUGCGCCAAUUUACGCGAGAAAUAACGGUCGCCUAACCGUGGAUAAUUGUCACGAAGAAGGUAACGCGAGCCUAUAAAGGACUAAGCUGGUCGAACAGGCGAAAGUCGUGGACGGUAUAUAAAUAAUACUGGUGCACCGUUCGGUUUGGAUUCAGUGCACCUUGAUCCAUCGCCUCGCUUGGAACUAUCGUCAUGGGACGUUCGCAAAGCGUCGUCGCGUUGCUCUGCCUGUUGAUAGGCCUAGCGUGCUCGGCCAGUCGCAGAGAGGAUCUGGAAAGAGCCGCGGAGCUGGCAGUGGAGAGAGCAGCGGAAAGGGCUGCUGAGAGGGCAGUGGAGAAAGCCCUGGAGAGUGGAAACACCACCACGGUAACGGAAACCGUGAAGGACACCCACUCCAGCGUCAGGAAGGCGUCUUACCGCAAGGACUUUAACGACGACCGGUCCGAUUACUCCUCCUCGAUGGAAAAGAAGGAUACACAGGACGAAGACUGGAGGAAGUUCUCGAAGAGCCUCAGCGACGGUCCUUUCGGGGGCUGGUCGAGCAAGAUGGACUGGAAACGGUUCCCGAGAAGCGAGGGAUCGAGCCGGAGUUACGAGGCCUCGCCGUGGGAGAAUCCGAAAGUGAUAACGAUAGAGAAGAAGGUGCCAGUGCCUGUGACCGUCGAGAAGAAGGUCCCGUACACCCUGUACAAGCCUGUCCCGUACGAGGUGAAGGUCCCGGUACCUCAGCCGUACACGGUCGAGAAGAAGGUACCGUAUCCUGUGAAGGUGUUCGUGAACGUACCGGUCGAAGUGCCAGAGCCUUAUGUAGUGGAAAAGAGAGUGCCGUACGAGGUGAAGGUCGAUCGACCUGUACCGUACAGACUGGAGGUUCCAGUCCCUCAACCGUACACGGUAGAGAAAAAGAUACCAGUGGAGGUGAAGGUGCCGGUACCUCAGCCGUACCUGGUCGAUAAGGCAGUGCCCUACGAGGUGAAGGUGCCCGUGAAGGUACCAGAGCCUUACGAGGUGGAGAAGAAGGUACCAGUCCCGGUUAAAGUCUUCGUGGACCGACCUUACCCGGUACCAGUGCCCAAGCCGUACCCUGUCGAGGUCGAGAAACCUUAUCCAGUGCCUGUGGCUAAGCCCUAUCCCGUCAAGAUCAAGGUACCGGUCGACAAACCUUAUCCGGUACCCGUCGAGAGCCCUAUAGCCGUUCCAGUGAAGGUCCUAGCGCCCCAACCCUACCUCGUGGAGAAACCUGUCACGGUGGAGGUGAAGAAACCCUACGCCGUGCACAUCAAGGUGCCAGUGGACAAACCAUACGUGGUGCCCGUGCCUAAGCCAGUACCCGUGACAGUGGAGAAACCCUUCCCCUACUGGGUACAGGUGCCCGUUAAAACCAAUUCGGAUUGGAACGCGAAGGAAACUCACGAAUUCAGCGAUAGGAAUGGCUCGAACAAGAAGGAAGAUCGUUCGAGAGCUGGCGACGAGAGCAAGAAGUCGAGCAGGCCUCGCAGGAGACCUCACUGAUUGAACGUAUAAGUAGGAUUCACAGAGACAGCUUAGGGGUAGUGUUUAGUUUAUUUAUUUUCGAGUAUCCGUGACUCGUGCGAGAAGGGGAAAAUGGGAUGGAUGCUGGGACGACUGAUGUUUUUAAUAAAUUUUCAAGCUGAAACAGUUUACGAUGAAUGCUUCGUAUGAACGAAUGAAUAAAAGUGGGAACCGAUGUGAAAUAUAUAACAAUUUGUUACUCGUAAAUAAAUCUCGAGGAUAUGUUCGUUAU